AUGCAGUCCAAACCGCCAAGUCUGCUCAGUGGUCCCUGGGCUCACCUUAUUUCCAGGACAAAAACGGGAGUGGUUGCCACUGAUUUCCAAGCCCUGCAUGGAGACAUGGUCCAGGUGAAAGGGAGGAUCCUGCCAGAUGCCAAAGAAUUUGUUGUGAAACUGGGCCAAGACCCUGAUAACCUCGUUCUUUACUUCAAUCCGCGCUUUCACCGCCAGAAGUGUCCGAACACCAUUGUGUGCAACUCCAAGGAAAAUGGGGUGUGGGGGAAAGAGGAGGAGAGCAUCUCCAAGUUCCCUUUUCAGCAAGGCGGCAGAGUUCAGCUUUCCUUCACAUUCCUUAAUUCUGAGAUCAAGGUGCUCCUGGAUGACGACCACGAGAUCUCCUUUCCCAACCGGCUGGGCCUGAGGGUCCUUGAAUACAUAGCGGUGGAAGGAGGCUUCAGAAUCAGAGGCCUCAAAUUCUUCGGCUCUUGA